AUGCGUCUGACGUCACUGCGCGGCGCCGCCAGAUCCGGGCACCGCGCGAAGCCUCAUUUUCCCCGAAUCCCGGAGGCGGGUGACGGUAGUGGGGUAGUUGGGAGAGGGCGCCGGGCAAAACUCCCACCCGGCGUGGCGGCUGGUGUGCGGAUCGCCGCGGGAGAGAAACGCGUUGUGUUGCUGAGUAGAGUGAUGCACCUGAUACCAGUGUCAUGGGCUGAAAGUCAGGAUGUCCAUUCGCCUCUGACCUCAGCAGGAUUAAAAUUGAUUAGGUAUCAUCACAAAGUGGAGGUGAUAGUAUAUUUAUCGUAUUCUUGUCAUUUUUUAUUUCAGUUUGGGGAACAGUCACGAGCUCCUUCUGCAUUUGCAGCCAUUUACUCUAAAGGAGGUAUUCCUUGCAGAUUGGUCCAUGGUUCAGUGAAACACAGAUUACAGUGGGAAUGUCCUCCUGAAAAUCUUCCAUUUGAUCCUCUUCUUAUUACUUUAGCUGAGGGUUUGAGAGAGACUAAACAUCCAUACACCUUUGUGUCAAAGGAGGGUUUUAGAGAAUUACUGUUGGUCCAAGGAGCUCCUGAGAAAGCUGUACCUUUGCUUCCAAGACUGAUUCCUGCGCUAAAGGCAGCUCUGGUCCACCUGGAUGAUGAAGUGUUUGCAAGAGGACUGAAUGCUCUUGUGCAGCUGAGUGUCGUUGUCGGUCCUUCUCUAAAUGACCAUCUUAAACAUCUGCUUACAAGUCUUUCCAAGAGACUGAGGGAUAAGAAAUUCAAAGAGCCAAUCACCAGUGCUUUACAGAAGCUAGAGCAGCAUGGUGGAAAUGGAAGCCUUAUCAUCAUCAAAUCUAAAAUUCCAACAUACUGCUCCAUAUGCUGUUGAAGAAGGGAGCCCACAAAAAUCUUGUUACUCCCUGGUGACAGGUGUUAAAUGCUGUCCAUGGGUACCUAGGGAACCUUUUCAGAUUCACUUCCGUUUAUUCUUUUGUCAAUCACAGUCACCAUUCAUUAUUUCCUAUAUUAAGAUGAGUAUACACAGUUCCACUGAAUCAUAGUAAAAGUUAUUCAUCAACAAAAAAAAGAAUGGUCAAUGAUGGAAAGCUAUUAAAAACAGUUCUAUGAUAGUACAA